CCCCCGCCGGGCUCUGCGGCCGCCGCCGCCGCAGCCGCAGCCUCCACGUCCCCGGCGCCCGAUGGCGGCGGCGGACCGAUAGCCGUGCAGCGGCGCAGUGCCAGCGAAACGCGACGGAGCAACAAGCCCAUCAUGGAGAAGCGGCGACGUGCCCGGAUUAACAACUGCCUCAAUGAGCUGAAGACUCUCAUCCUGGACGCCAUGAAGAAAGAUCCGGCGCGCCACUCGAAGCUGGAGAAGGCGGACAUCCUGGAGAUGACGGUGAAGCACCUGGAGUCGCUGCAGCGGCAGCAGUCGGCGAUGGCGGCGGCGACGGACCCCUCGGUGGUGAACAAGUUCCGCGCCGGCUUCAGCGAGUGCGCCGGGGAGGUGGGCCGCUUCCCAGGCCUGGAGGCGAACGUGCGGCGCCGCCUGCUGUCGCACCUCGCCAGCUGCCUCAACGGCAGCGCCAUGGCAGCCCAGGCCGCCACCGCAGCCGCGCAGGCCGCCUCCGUCCACGACCAGCAGCAGCAGCCUCCAAACACUGCUGGAGUGACGGGAGCACCCACACAGCAGGUAACAGCUAUGCCUGUGACUGCAGCACCGACAACAGCGACAGCCACGGCAGUGCAGGUCCACAUUGUACCUGCCAUGGGCACCUCUGGGGAGCACACGACUGGCCCACUGCUGCUGACGACAGCGGGUGCAUUUGAUGAUGGGCUGCUGUACUCCACAAUACAGCCACCAGAGUAUACUCAAAAUUGUCCUACAGCUGGCCCCACCCGCCUCCACACUCUGCUGACUCCCAUUCCACUUCCGCCGCCCCCUCCCGUGCCCCCACUUUUCCCAGUUGCACCUGUGUAUGUUAGCCUUUAA